UUUCUAUCCGGUGUGUAGUAUAAUUUAUUGUUUGUGACAACAGAUUUUCCACACAAGUCAUGUGGAGCGUUUCCAAAAUAGUUUUCAACUAAACAUGGCUACGCGUGUAGCUAACGACAAGGGCAAGCAGCGGGCAGGGGUGACGACGCCGCCGCCGACGCCGCAGGCUGCGGCUGCGGCUGCUAAGCGUGGCAGAUUGUGUGACAUUAUCAUUGGCGGCAAGUAUCGAAUCUUGAGUCCCAUUGGCAGCGGCUCGUUUGGGGAAUUGUAUUCAGCGGAAAAUGUGGAGGAUGGCGACGACAAGGUGGCCGUCAAGCUGGAGAGCAGCAGUGUCAAGUAUCCGCAGCUGCCGCGCGAGGCAAAGAUCUAUAACAUUUUGCGUGGUGGCUUGGGCUUUCCAAAGUUGCGUUACUUUGGCACCGAAGGCAUCUACAAUGUGCUUGUGGUGGAUCUGCUGGGGCCCUCACUAGAGGAUUUGCUGAACUUUUGUGCGCGCAACUUUAGUUUAAAGACCACAUUAAUGCUCGGCCUGCAGAUACUGGCGCGCGUCGAGUAUUUGCAUAUGAAUUGCCUGCUGCAUCGUGACAUCAAGCCGGAGAACUUUCUGAUGGGCCUGGGCGAGGAGCGUGCACGUGUGUUCAUGAUUGAUUUCGGACUGGCCAAGCGCUAUUAUCGCCCACGCACUUGCACUCAUAUCACGUACAAUGAGCGUCAUGAGCUUGUCGGCACUGCACGUUACGCCUCGGUGCGUGCCCACUAUGCGGAGCAGGGGCGGCGCGAUGACCUCGAGUCUGUGGGCUACUUGUUGAUGUACUUCCUGCGCGGUCGUCUGCCCUGGCAGGGCAUAAGCGCAGACACGCGUCGCCAGAAGUACGAGAAGAUAGCCGAAAGCAAAUCCACGCUGCCGCUCAAUGUCCUCUGCUCCGGCAUACCCACAGAGUUCUACAUGUACAUGAAGUACUGUCGCAGCCUGCACUUCGAGGAGCAGCCGGACUAUGCCUACUUGCGACAGCUGUUCCAGGUGCUCUUCAAAGCGCAGCGCUUUCUGCACGAUUGUCUCUAUGACUGGGUGGACAUUAAGCAGGAGACGGCCGACGAGUUUCAGCAGCGGCUGAUUGAUGAAGAGGAGCAACAGCAGCGCAAAGCAAAGUAUGAGCGUCGUUUGAGCAGGAGGCGACAUAUAGACGUGCCACGUUAAUUAACUCGCUCAGUCACUAGCGCUGCAGCGUAUACAGUUUUGUGUGUGUGUAUGCGUGUGUGUGUGUGUGUGUGUGAGUGGGGCGUGUAUAAGCUCUUUGUUCAUCAAAUCAAUGGCUUUUCGCAUAAUUGGCUGUGUUGGCACGCACACACACACAUACACACACGCACACCUACAUACAAAAAGUUGGCAAACUUUUGCUGUUUAUCAUGGCUGAGAACUGAGACAGAGCGCUCUGCACUUGAAAUACUCUACAAGUCAACCCAAAUGCUUUUAUUGAUUAUAUUGCAUAUUGGCUUAUUCAUUUUUUUAUUUCUUAGCCCAUCCUAAUAAACUGCUUUUAUUUUGAA